UUUAUUACAGAUAGUCUUAUGGUUUCUGGCAAUUAUCUCCUGUCAAGUGUCAAGUGUUUUCAAUUAUGUAAAUUACUACUUCCUAUAAAUCCAAUCGUGCUUACUCAACAUAAACUGUGUCAUUCCUUGAAACAAUGUACGACCACUAGUACUACUACUCCUACCACCACCACUAAUAAUAAUAAUAAUAAUAAUAAUAACAAUAAUCAGAACAAUAUUGAAGAAAGUAAAGAAUAUCUAGAGAAAUUAGAAGCUGCUAAGAAUAAUCCACCUUGUGGAUCAACAUUAUACCAAGAAGAUGAUCGUUUCCCUCCUAUUGUUUCUCCUGAUCCUAUAUUCAAUUGGGAGGCGUUAAGAAUUAGUUUAAAAGCUCGUGGCCUACAUGACAAAUUCAAUAUUGAUGGAUUAAUUGAUUUAGAAAAACGAAUCAGUGAUUUACAUGCAAAAAUGGAUGCUUUAAUGAAGGAGAGGGCUUUACUUCAAAAACAGUAUGAUGAAAAGAAAGAGAACUCAGCUGAAAUUGCAGCCGCUGCACGUUCUGCAAGAAAUGAACACAAAUCACUUGAGAUGUCAUAUAAACAAUUGAGUCGUGAAUUUGAAAGAGACUCCCUACAAUUACCUAAUAUUUUACAUCAUUUAACACCUGUCAGUUCAAGGGAUUCACAGACUUCAAUUAAAUCAUAUCACCAUCAUCAUGGUACCGUGUGCAGAGAUAAAAAUUUGCUUUGGUCGAAUUUAUCAAAUGAUUACUACAAUGAAAUUAUAGGCACAUAUUAUACUGGUCGUUUGGCUGACUUAGAAUAUAAUCAUAUGAAUAAAGUUUGUCAUUAUUGGCUUACUCAAUCAACUAAUAAUUAUCCAGUUUGCCUAUCAGAUCUUGUUCGUGGAACAGUUAUAGAAGGCACUAGUUGGCCAACUAUGAAAUCUGCAAUUCGAUUGAGACCAUCUAAAGGUGAUAUGUUAUUCACAGAAGAUCCUACCACAGGAACAUAUGAUUGGAUUGUUAAUCCUCAUCUAACGGAUUAUUUAGUCGGUUCAGCUAGUUUAGCAGCCUUUUCAGCUUACCUUAUUCUACAUCGAACUAAUUUGGUAGAAAAUUCAUCCAUGCGUUUAAUUUCAAAAGGAUCUGUUUAUGCCUAUCGUAAUGAAAAUGUGGAUUCCACUUCAUCCAAUGAUGACCAGCCUCAAGCCGAUGGGAAAUCACCAUUUCAACAAUCUAAACAGAUAUCGAUCUUGGAGUUGUCUAAGAAUUGGAAUCAAUGUGAAACCGGCUUUCAUGUUUUAGUUGAAGAUUUAUUCAAAUUUUGGCAAAUUUAUCAACCUGAAUGGUCAAUUAAAUUAACAUAUUCUCAAGCUUCCAGUUUAUAUCCAUGUGAAAUGUUACGAGCUGUACUACACAGUGACAUGAAGUCAUCCUCUGGUGGUAUGACAAUUUCAGUACCUCUUGCUACAGUGUCUGUAUUAGGUGAUUGGAUAUCAAGAAGAAUUAUAACGAAGAAUAUAAGAUCAAAAAAAUCAACUUCAGAUUGUGAUCUAUAUCCUCAUAUGGUAUUUGCCAAUGUAUGGAACUUUCAGAAUGUAUUGAGCGCAUUUCAACAAAUCGGUUAUAUUGAUGAGCAUUCAUUACCAAAUGUAUACGGUUGA